AUGUCCGAAUCUUCUUCUGUAGUCCCGCCUCCUUCAUAUCACUCUCGACCAGCACCAAGUUACGAUGCUCGGACAUCACUGGGAGAUAUGUCCCUGCACUCCCUCACUCCCACCACACUCACAAAACCACAGCAGAAAAGAUUACAAGAGAUGAUCCGAGGUUCUAUGAAGAGUACGAAAGAAGAUAAAAUACCUUCCUCCGACCCAUGGGUAGAUGGGUUGACAGAUGAUGGUGGCAGUUUCUUCACUGCCAAAGGUACAAUUAGAUCCUUGAAACCUAAGAAGAACGAUAAGGGUCAAGACCAGGAGGAACAUGAAGAGGUAGAUGAGGAUAUAAUGGUUCUGGUGAGACAGCCGGGUAAGGGAGAAUCUACUAUAUCCCCGCAAUCGAAUCAUGAACGAGAAUGGACAUAUGGAGAGACUCCGAUGCCAUCGAGAGUACUUUACCUAUUUCAUCCACCCAAAUCACCUCAGGCCAAUUAUAUCCCCACAAAUGUCAGUCUCAACCCUUGGGCAUGGGUCGAAGCUGCUAGAGAAAGUCUGGAAAGAGCUUUUUGGGGCAUACUAAUGCCUUCUGUCAGUGGGGUCGUGGGAGUAACCGAGAAAGUAGGACAUGGAUUUGCCAACAUGAUCAACAUCCUACCCUCACCGGCUACUCUCUCCUUGGAAGGCUCUGUAGCCUGGUCAACCAGCUCAACGAUACAGCGUCCGGAGGACCCCAAACCUGAGAUCAAACGACGCAAUUCUACAUACAGCUUCUCCGCCUCAGCAUCAUUGCGAAAAGAGUUUCAAGCGAAAAGGCAUUUGUAUGAUCAAGAAACCCUCUACACCCUUCGUAUGCCCCCAACUAAGGCUAGAGCGGCAAACGGAGAAGGAGGGCUAGAUAUCGGUCCUACCGCUAAACCGGUUCAUGAAUGGAAUGGAAUGAAUAUGGGUAUGGGUAUAGGAAUGAGGUUUUGA